GUGAAAGAUUUAAGCUCCAGUUUAUAGCACUCCACUUACAGGAACAGUAAGAAUAAAAAAUAUAUAUAUUUUAUUAAAAGAAAUGGAACAACCAGACCGAAAACGUAAAUCUCCAUUUACGCAAACCAAUAAACAUGUAAACAAAAGAACCUGCACCUUGCCAACGAAAACGCCGCUCUCAACUUUAGUUCAAACUGUGCAGAAACCCCUUAAAAAGUUCUCUUCAGAUCUUUCGAAUCUCCCGCCAAUACCCGAGAUCAAUGCUUUCGAGCAAGGAUAUCAAGUGGAAACGAUUUUGGAUAUUGUACAAAACACCUACAAGGAGCAGUUUCUGUACAUAAAAUUCAAGGAUCUACCUCAACCCGAAUUGGUUCCUUUGGAAGUGGCCGUGGAACAAGUUCCUCACUUGCUGGCCGAUUUUUACCAGGAAUACGUCAAGGCCUGGAAAAAACUGGAGCAGCAAAAGAAGGAUGCUUCCCGGUAAAUUCAAGGAAGAAACUGCUCAGCGAUAGCGCAUAAAUUGGAGGAGUGUGAAGCGGAAACUGCCACGCAUUUAUGCCGCAUCCUUUUGUGCAGUCUCGCUUCGAGUUUUAAAUAAUUUUAUGCCUAUUUGCCUCGUGCUGCUCGCAAAAUUUCACACCUCAGCCAUCAAAAGUUGGUGAGGACGUGCGUGCCAGAAGUUUCUGCUAUACGCAAAUAAAGGAUACUGAAAGGA